AUGAUUUUAAACAAAAAAUUCUUGAAAAUGAUUAUUAGGAUAUAUCCCUGGCUGAUAGAAAUUAAAAUUUUAAUCAAUAAAUUUAAAUUUUUUCAAAACAAAGUAAUGAAGAAGUACAGUAAAUAUCUUAAGUUUCAAAACUAGAUAGAACUAUUUUUGAAGACAUAGAAAUAUUUGGAAAUUGUAACAAUAAAGUAAUUAUUUGCUUUAAUUAGUAGAAAGGAAUGCUUUUCGGGUUAGAUUAGCAUGCAAUACAUGAGAGAAUAAGAUAUGAAUAUUUUUGUAAUUAAUUCAAAGCAUCUGCUUUUUGCUUGUAAUACAAAUAAAGCAGAAAUGAAAUAGACUCUAAAUGCAUCAAUUUAUCAUAGCGAAAUAAAGAUAAGCAAUUUCCAUCUAUACUCUGGUUUGACCAAACAAGAACAAAUUGUUUAGAAUUAGAUGCUUAUAUUUUUUAAAGGCUUUAAAAGAAUGUUGAUAAGUUAAGUUAAUUCAAAAUAUAAGUUGUAAAAAUUUAAAAUAUUAAUUAAAAUAAAUUUGAAGUCUAUUUAUGGCCUUAGUUAUAUAUCCUUAAUAAGCCUAUUACUUAUGAUCUUAAAUUUAUAGAUUCAAUAUUAAACUCAGAGCUCGGUCAUAUACCUAAUACAAUUGAUGAAAUAAUAAUGUCUAAAGCAUGUAAGGGAGCGAUUAAAUUUAAUGAAGAACUCAAUUAAAAUUAGAUGGAUAUGUUAAUAAAAAAUAUUAAAUUAUGUGAGUUUCCUUUUUACUGUGUGCAUGGCAGAAGCUCAAUACAUCCAUUUUUUUCCUUAGAAAUACAAGACGUUUGCUAGAUCUAAAAAAAUUAUCAAAUUUGAAUUUUUAAUUGCAUACAGACAAACUUAAAUAAAUUUUCUUGAAUAAAAAAGAUUUUACAAAUAAGACAUUAAAUAUUAUUUUAACUUUUUAUUGCAGCAAUCAACAUAAAUCUUGUAAAAUUCGAAAAUAUUUUUAUAUAUUUAAGAGAAUUUUUUUAAAAUUAUAAUGAUUAUUGUUUAAAUUAAAAUUAUUUAUUUUUUCACCAACUUUUGA